GAAACAGUGAGACAGAGUCAGACAAGAGACCCUGCAGCAGAAAUCCAUUCAACAGCACUAGGAUGAAGAUGAACACUGUAACUGUGCUCGUCAUGCUUCUGUGUGUUAUUGCCACGCAAGGAAUUCCCAUUGUGGGAACCAGUGCUCACUGUCUCUGUAUUCAGACAACUUCCAGAUUUAUAAAACUGCAGAAUAUCCAGAGUCUGGAGUAUAUUCCCAGAAGAAGUGGCUGUGAGUCAACAGAGAUAAUUGUUACCCUGAAAAGCAACAGAAAAGUGUGUGUGAAUCCUGAUGCCAAGUGGGUGAAGGUUGUUAUUGCCCGAAGAGAGGCCAGAAUGAGCAGUCGAAAUAUGAAGCCGUGAAGUGAUGGGGCUGAUUGCACAUCUGGAUAAGUUGAGGCAUGAGGAAUUGAGUGAAGGGGAAGCUUUACAAAGGAUCAGAACAAUUGAAGUCAUUCUAUUACUUUGCUUUCUCUCCGAAUCAAAA